CAACGCUGAGGUACUGGUUUCCGUCCGCCAUUUUUGUUUGCGCCAACUCGCGUCAAAGAAGUGAAGUAUUUCUGCAGGAUUCUAAGAAAUACGUUCACUAGAACACAGUAUUAAUUGUCUUCUGGUGGAUCACACUGGCCUGCAAGACGGACUGACCAAUGUUAGCGGGACUGAAAGCCAAGCUCCUCCGUUUCUUUUUACCAUCUCACAGGGACGGCGUACCGCCGGAAGACCGCCGGCGAGCUUCAGAGAAACGUAAACGCGACGAAAGCAUGGGUAGUGACAACGAUGAGGACGACGAUGUCAUCGUCGAGGCCUGGAACAGUCCCAAGCAUUUUCGCACGGAUGACACUCGUUUGGCAGGGCCGGGUAGACCGGAUAAUCGUCACGAGAGCUGGCUACGCUGGGCGAUCCGCAAGCCGAUGCAAAACUUCUUCGUCGGCCAGGCGGUCAGUUGUCUCACGACGACUGCCCCCGAACCUUCUCAACAGCGACCUGUUGUGUCGCGGUUACGACCUCUGCACGAGCAGAUGACGUUCUGGCCCCUGGAGCGGAACCAGAACGACAGACCUGCGUCCGGUUAUGCGUCGAGAGCGUCACUGCUGUCGACGGCUGAUCGUCCCGAGCCAACGCUGGAGCUUCGCAGGCCUGUCGGGAACCACAGUUCAUCACUGUACAAUGUCGGCGGCGCACAUACGCACAGGUCCCCGCCCCGGAGUCCAGAGAUGCAGAGCUCGUCGAGUUCAGCGAACUCCGAUUCUGUGGUUCCAGUCCGCAACGGUGGUCGCUACCUGGCUUCGACACCGUACAGUUGCAUGCGCCUUCAAGAGAAGCGUGAAUACCAGUUGCUUCUUCGGCAGCAGUGCACCGCUCCGCACUGCCAGAUGAAUCUACGUUUGCGGAAUACGUCCAUGAGUACCACUGAUACCAAUAACACCGUUGGUUUCGAGAAGACCGAGUGGCCUCUUUCGAGAUACCGAUCGCCAGAUGCGACGAAGGCUGUGAAACCGCGGGGUGAUAGGCCAGCCCUUGCCUCUUUUACAAACCCGUAUUCUUCGACGAGGCACCUCACACCUUCGAAACUUAAGGCGCCCUCAAAAUCAUUGCUGACUCCUGCGUCAACAUCCUCCAAGCCAACUCACGUGGCAGCUUCGUUAGCUCCUGAUCCUCCUACUGCAAAGAACUCGUCGGAGUCUUCGACAUCACCGGCGCACACAUCGCCGCCAGAACCGCCUGAACUUCCUUCCAGCCACUUCUUCUCGCCGACAUGGCUCCAGGAACUAAAAGACAAGCUCGUGCACGUGGACCAAGCGGCUCAGGCAUGUGUAAUAUCCAAGGAGAAGAGUUUGGAAGGCCAGCUAGAGAAAACUUUUUCUUUGCAUUCGAGAAAAAAGCCUCCUGUAAACGAGGUCCAAGCAGAAGUGGUCAAGAAGGAAGUGCUCCCCAAGCUAACACCUAAGAUGGAGGUUGCUAUUGACAGAGCCCUGAGGCCAACUCCGGCUGACGAGGUGAUCGCCACGGGAUUUAAGCUGACGGUGACGCGUAAGGACAUGGAAACACUUGCUGGUUUGAAUUGGCUGAAUGAUGAGGUCAUCAACUUCUACAUGAAUAUGCUCAUGGAGCGUGGCCGCACAGAGUCGGGCCUGCCUUCGGUGUAUGCCUUCAACACCUUUUUCUACCCCAAACUGCUUGCUAGCGGUUAUGCUGCUAUCAAGCGUUGGACGCGACGAGUUGAUAUUUUUGCACACGACCUCAUUCUUGUUCCUGUACAUCUGGGCGUACAUUGGUGUCUGGCAGUCAUUGACUUCCGGCACAACACAAUUCGUUAUUAUGACUCCAUGGGUGGCAGAAAUCCUGAGUGCCUUGAGGCACUGCGCAAGUACCUCCAGGAAGAAAGCAGAGAUAAAAAGCAGAAGGAACUUGAUUUAUCCAAUUGGACCUACGAGACUGUGAAAGACAUUCCGCACCAAAUGAAUGGGAGUGACUGUGGCAUGUUUGCACUGAAGUACGCAGAGUACAUUACACGAGAUGCGAAGAUUACUUUUGAACAGUUGAACAUGCCAUACUUCAGGAGGCGCAUGGUGUAUGAAAUUCUGACCAACAAGCUUCUCUAAAAUGAAUAUGAGUAGUUGAGGUGUUGGUGAUCGACAUGAUCCAGCUAAUGAGGACAUGAUGAGGCCUCGCUGCCUGUGCAACUUCUGCUGACGCUCUCCAUUUCUACACUUGCCGUCUAUAUUGGAGCUUUAUCUUGAAAUGUAGAGCUUUGUGCUCUUGGUGAUAGCGGCGCGAUGAUGUGCUUCGAGCGGAACUGGCAUGGGCAGGUCACUUUUAUGAGGUGCGGGCGGCCUUUGCCAUGCUUGUUAUUUAGAAUUUUGUAACCUUUUGCAGAAUGCUGUUUUCCUAAACGGAAUGUGGUCAUGCCUCAUAGCACCUGCCUGCUGCCAUCACAGAGUAUUUAUUCUCAGAAACUCUCUUCUUACAUCGCUCAUUUUCUUUGUUGUAGCCCAGUUUCAAAAUGCUCGCUUCAUGUCUAGGGUUGUACUAUAAGUAGUGUCAUGACUCUUUCAUAUUUUGCUUUUUUGUAUUUUUUUUAUGGAUAAGGUAUAUUGUAUAUUCGUGCAAAAAUCGUGUGCUUUCUUAUCGCUGUAAUUUUCGAAACUGAACACAAAUACGAAGGAAUAAAUACGAUUUUUAUUAUUUGUA